AUGCGUUGGAUUUCUAUCGCCGCCGUUCUCAGCGCUGCGCUGCUCCCUGCUAGCGCUCGUCCACUAUGCCGUCCCGAUCGAUCAACUACGACUGGUCUGCCCUCUACGGCUGCGACUACGGGCGUUGAGACUUUGAACACUGAUUCCGCGACUGCUACUGAGACAUCGGCAAUUGAGACAACGGUUACUUUCGUGACUACCUUUACGGAAUCGGAGACCGCGACUGCGACUACUGGGUUCACCACUGUUACUUCUGCGGUUACCAGCGACGCUGCGACUACUACCUCCGAGGCCCCUGAGCCUACCAACUACAUCCAGAACCCUGACUUUGAGGAUGCCCCCAACACCGACUGGAGUCUUCGAACUAGCGAUAUCAAGAACAACCCUGAACGAGCUCGCUCUGGCAACAAAUAUGUCCAAUACGAUGUCGAUGACUCCGAAGCCGUCGGCGGCAAUCAACUGAACCAAACCGUCAAUGGCCUUGACACCGAGCGCCUCUACCGCCUUACAACCUACGCGACUGUUUUUAGCACUCCCGCGCCCGUCAAGGAUGAAAGCACUAUCUGCGUCAUCCAAGCUCUGCAGGAGAGCACAAUCUUGUCUCAGUGGCGCCUCGACUUUACGGCUCUAGGAACAUACCAGCCUCUCCACGUUGAUUUUACGCCUUUUGAUGAGGAUGUUACGAUUACGAUGAGGCUCCGAUGCUCUGCUGGAAAGAAGGUGACUUUCUCUGUUGGUCUGGAUGAUGUUUCUUUGUAUGACAUUGGUCCUAAGCUGGUUGGUUAA